AUGGAUGUCAUUAAGCACGCUGCUGUCGGCACCGUCAUCGUAGGCGGUGGUCUAACCGCCGUGCAAGGUUUUAUGGCUCGAAAAUUGAGGCGUCCGAACUCUCUAGCGCUUUCCUUAGGAAGCUUCGUGGGUGUGUUCAGGUUAUUGGAAGGGACGGGUCGUAAGCUUCCGACCCAUACCGAACGGCGUUUCCCCAAUGCACCUCAAGCAGCGGCAGUGGCCGCAGCGGUAUCAUCGCUUCUGCUAGAAGCUGAUCGGAAAACUGUUUUGGUCUCGUACGCGGCUGUUGAGGCGGCGUUAAUCCUCAUAAAGGAGUUUACAAUGCUUGCGGACAUCAAGUACAUUGAUAUUUCUUUGGGGGCAUUGGCGGCGGGACCAUUGAUCGAUUCAUGGAUCUAUCAGAGCGAUGCCUUUGCCAAGUCUCAACUGGCUGCACUCGACAGUUUUUGUCAAUUGUCUUCGGAUGUCUUACGUCGCAUGCGAGACGAAAUGCCGUCAAAUAAGCUGGUCUCGCGCUGCGACGUUUUCCACCGUGGUCAGACCUGUACGCAGUUUCACAGCGACUACUUUGUUAAAGGCAUGAAAUUUGCGAUUCGACUCUACGUGCCCAUAUACGCCGUGUCUGUGCUCGGACCCAAAUACAAGCGCUGGAUUUGGGGACCGCGACCGGCACUCGCAUCGCUAGUGGUGCGCUACCUACGCACCUGCUGCUGCCUUACCAUGCUGUAUCAAGUGCCACUGGGUGUUUCGUGUCUGUCUAGGAGCGAUCGACAUCGUUUAAUCGUCAGGAUGGCUGGUGCACUCACUACAUUGGCCUUUCUCGCUGAGCAUCACCACCGGCGUGGUAGCGUCAUGAAGGCGGUGGGGGUGUACACAACGGGCACUGUGGCCGCUCGGAUGGUGACAGCGAUCGGGUUGCCGGAUAAAAUUGUAAAGUGGGGCCAGCUUGUGUUGCUGUCUGCCGCUAUUGCUGUGAUCUUCCAGCACACGACGCCGGACUCGUCUCGGAUGGUCCGCAUGCUUUACGGACACAAUGACAAGCUUGCUUUAACACCACAACAACGGGUGACGACAAGCCACGAAGCGGCGAGCAAGAGUACCAAAAGAGCAUCGUGA